UUUCACUAUCUUCUGAAUAUUUACAAAAUAUUAAUCUUGUAUUUAGAUGGAAAACUAUACAACGUUAUUUAAACUUAUCUUCAAAUAAUAAUGAUCCAUUUUUAAUAAAUGACAAAGCAUUAUGAUAAAUGGAAGAGUAAUUUUUUAUUUUGCAUUACCACCAUCUAUAUGGCAUAAGUUAAUAUAUCGGAAUAAAGGAAGUUUAGUUACUUAUAUCAUGUUUAAUACAUUAUUUAAUUAUAAAAUAUUUGGGACAUUAGAUAAUAAAGGAUUUUUAUCAUAUCAAAGAAAAAAAAAAUUAAAGAAAAACUAUAAAAAUAAAGAAAUUGAUGAUUUUUUUUAUGUUGUUAAAUUAGAACCAAAACCUGAUAUUUUUACAUUAUUUGGUGAAAAAGAACAUAUAAUCAAUUUUUGGCAUUUUGUUCGACAUAAUUUUUAUAAACCUUCAUCAAGAAUAAUACCAACUUUGGAGAAAAUAAUUCCUGGAUGUGGCAUAAGAUUAAUAAAAGAAAAAAAUUAUAAUAUAUUCACUGAAUUUUGCCAGUUAAAUGUAAAUGAAGUUUUUAAUCUUUAUAUGGAUUUUAAAUCUUGGCCAGAAUUUAAACAAAGUUCAUUUUUAUCAAGUGUUAAUGAUAUAAAAAUAAGUUUUGAUCCAUUUGCAAAUGAUUAAAUAUUAAAUAUUUUUGAAUUAUAAAAUAAUAUUAUAUUUAUUAUUAAUAUUCAUAUUUAUAAAAUAAAUAAAAAAUAAUGUAUUAACUUUGUAUUAAUUUUGUUUAUUAAUAAUUUUUUUUAAAGAUAUGCAUUUAUAUAA